AACACAUGUUUUUUUUUGUCUUUCUGAGCUCCCUUGGCGUCCACGUACAGCGUUAUAUAUAGAAAAGCCUUAUCCAAGCUACCAUCAUCUCAUAUUUUCAUUUCCUCAAACAUUUACUGCGCAAACAUAGCCAGGGAAUUAUAUCAUUUUGCUCCCCAAAAAAAGAAUUUGAAGAAAAAACUCAACAGCCUGAGAGUGCAAAAAACCCGGCCCUACGGUAAUCCUAUCACCACGUCUCUCUACCGCUUAUCUCGAAAUCCUUAUCCGUAGCUUCUGAAAAUACUUUGUCUUCUUCUUUCUCUGUUGCUCUCUGUCUCUGCAGAAAUCACAUAUCUAGGCCUCAUCAUUCAUUCUUCGCCAAUCUACUCUCUCUAGCUAUAUUCUUUUCUUUUUCUUUUUUUUCGUUUCUUUUUAUUUAUAUAUCUGCUGAAUUUAGUGGGUUAUCCUCUACCUUAUCCGUCUCUCUCUUGAAACCCUCGUUAAUCGCUGUGCUUUGACGCUCACCAAUCCGAUUGAAUCGAGGGUUUUUCUUUCAAAUUUUGUUGCUUUUAUUUAUUUGGUUCUCUGGGUCUUCUUUGAAUUUCCAUUGGGGGUUUUGGGUUGCGGUGUUAUGGCUUUGCUUUCGACUUUGUUGGAGAUUUUGCGGAGACCCACAAUGGUGGAUGUGCUAAGCGAGCUCAUGAUGUUCAUAGCGCCUCUUUGGGUGGCGGUGAUAGUUGGGGUUUUGGUUGGGUGGGCAUGGAAGCCCAGAUGGGCCAAGAUUUUGGGUUGCUCCGAGUCCAAGGACGCUUCGCCUGCGUCGCCGACCACCACAUCGUUGUCUACGUGUUUCCCUUCGAUUCCGAGCUUGAACGCCUUGAAGUUUCAGCUGCCCAGCUGCGUUUCUUGGACCACCGAUGAUAAGGAGGGUCUCUCUUUGCCACCACCAGCCACCAAAUCCGAUUCCAGUUCGUCACAGCUCGAUAGUGAAAAAUUGGGUCCAGUGACGGGAGAGGAUUUAGAGCAUUUAUACCAGCUCGUUGAGGAAAGAGACGGAGGUCCUGCUUGGAUUCAGAUGAUGGAUCGUUCUACCUGUACUAUGGGCUAUCAAGCUUGGCGUAGAGAUCCUGAGACUGGACCUCCACAAUAUCGUAGCCGGACAUUGUUUGAGGAUGCCACUCCUGAGUUGGUGAGAGAUUUCUUUUGGGAUGAUGAGUACCGAUUGAAGUGGGAUGACAUGCUUAUACAUGCUGAAACCUUGGAGGAGUGUCCCACCACUGGAACCAUGAUGGUGCAGUGGGUGCGAAAGUUCCCCUUCUUUUGUAGCGAUCGGGAGUAUAUAAUAGGCCGUCGAAUCUGGGAAUCUGGACGAUCUUACUACUGUGUGACAAAGGGAGUACCUUGCUCCUCAGUGCCAAGGCGCAACAAACCUAGACGUGUUGAUUUGUUCUAUUCAAGUUGGUGCAUUCGUGCAGUUGAAUCAAAGAGGGGAGACGGCCAGUUGACUGCAUGUGAAGUGUUACUGUUUCAUCACGAAGAUAUGGGUAUACCAUGGGAGAUUGCAAAGCUUGGGGUUCGGCAGGGCAUGUGGGGUGCUGUUAAGAAAAUUGACCCUGCCUUACGUACCUAUCAAAAACAGAGAGCAUCUGGAGCCCCACUCUCACAAUGUGCUCGCAUGGCCCAGAUCAACACUAAAGUCAGUGCAGACUACCAGAGAUGUUUGGAAAGCAGCUCCGAUAAUUCGUCAGAGAUUGAAAAGCAUGAGAAUCCGAAGGGGAGGCACGUACCAAAGCUUCUAGUUGUUGGUGGAGCUAUUCUCCUUGCCUGUAGCCUUGACCGGGGGCUCUUGACUAAGGCAGUUAUAUUUGGUGUCGCGCGAAGGUUUGCCAGAAAUGGAAGGAGGUUGUGAUUCAGAAUGAUUUUUGCACCAUUUGAGACAUGCCUGCUAAUGCAUCGUUGCCGUGAAGUGAGAAACUGCCCGAUGGAGGCCAUGCCCCUUUUGAAGAGCAUAGGAAGUGCUAUUCUUUUUCCUAUUGUUUGAGCUAUAGAGCAGCUUUAGAUUGGAAAAGAGGAGAUGAAAAUAGUUUGUACUCGUUACAGUUGGAGAUCUCACCAAGGGAUCUCAUGCUGUAGAUCUAGAAAUAAUAGGAAUAUUCAAGUUCUUUCACGUUUUCCCCCCUUUUGCAUAUCUUCUGUGACAUCAUCCUCUUGCACUGUGACUUGAAGGAGACGAUCAACAGAAUAUUAUACAUUUUUAUUUCCCA